CUUUUUAUUAUUGCUUUUGCCCACCCCUUCUACCAUCCCUUUUAUUCAUCCCUUUUAUCAUCCCUUUUGCUCAUCCCUGACUGACCCAGCUGGGCAAGAAGGCUUCUGACCAACCAGGGACCGAGUGCGUGCAGACAUGGAAACAUCCCUGGACACGCUCAGCCUCUCCCAGCUCCUGGAUCUCUCCAUCGGGGCACCCGAGAAAGGGGCUGUUCAAUUUGCAGCCAUGAGAAAACUGCUGCAGGUCAUGCUGGAGCACCUGGAUGUGCAGUACCUGACCACCGAGGAGCCGUGGCCGGGCCAGCUGAGUGGCCCCUCACUCGCUGAGUUGGCCACUGAGAUGGAACAGAUGAAGAAGGAGAUUAAACACAACAAGGAACACAUGUCCAAGGUUCUUCUUGAGGAGUUUGAUGAGAUAAAGGCAGAACUUUCAUGCAUGUCAGAAAAUAUUAGGAAGAUCCAGAAGGCACAGUCCAGCAUGACAAAGGACAUGAAGAAGAUCCAAAAGGCACACAAUGAGGACACGAAUCUCAUGCAGGAACUCCGUGAGGAGAUUGACAGGAUACAGACAGCACAGACCCGCAUGGAAGGAGACGUAAAGAAGUCGAAGGAGGCCCUUGGCUUAAUGAAGAAGAUGGGAGAAGACAUUAAAAAGCUGAGGGAGGAUACAACCAAGUGGAGAGAAGAGAGCCGUGAAGAGAUCAUUCAGCAAAUGGAGGCUGUGCUGCAGGAGACAAAGCGGGAGCUGCAGCUUGAGCUGGAAGAGCAGCAGCAGAAGAUGAGGAAUGCCAUACUGGAACAGCUUAUGUCUGGGACAGCUGGGAUUGGAGAUAUGGCGGAGUCAACUAGAAGCCUACAGGAGGAGCAGGAAGAGGGGAGUGCAGACUGCUCCAAAUGCAGCUUCAAUAUCAAAGUGCUUUUGGGAAAGCUCUUCCGGUGCUGUGAGAAACUCCAGGAGCAGGUGGACUCCCUGGAGUCACGGCAGAUGGCUGUGGGCAGAGUGGCCAAGCUCGAGACAAUGAUGAGGAAUUGGGGCCAGGACCAGGAGCACCUGCACUGUUUGGAGGCUACAAUUGUACAGAUCCAAGGGGACUGUGAGAAGCUCAGCCUUGUUUCUGGGAGCCUCCAGGAAGAGACUCAACAAAACCAGAAAGCCAUGCAGAUGCUGUUCCAGUCUCUGGAGAAGCUGCAGAAGGAGAAAGCAGAUGAACAGGAAAUGUUGGCAGCCAUGGACACGAAGGCCGACAAAGCUGCCUUGGGCAGCAAAGUCAACUGCAGCCAGUUUGAUGCAAAUAUGGAGCGGCUGAAUGAGAGGAUGCAGGAGCUACAGAGCCAGAUUUCAGGCCAGGAGGAGCACUGGAACAAGAUGCAGCAGCAGUUCAGCGAUGCAAUGGAAGAGAAGCUGGAUCGCCUGGAGCUGAAGGCUUUCCGUAAACGCCUGGAGGAGUCCUGGAACAGAAACAUAGAGGAUCUUGAGAAGAGGAUGAUGGGUGAUACUGGUGCUGGGAUUAAGAAGCAGCUGCCAGUCCCUUUCUCGUGCCUGUCCUGUGACCGCAUGCUCACCAUGCACGUUCCUGGCCAGAACCCCGAGACUCUCCCAUAUUUGCAGCCGCUGCCUCCCAGCAAGGAGCCACUGUACAGCCAAAGGGCCCAUGGCAGUCCCCCCCGUGUGCGACAUUGCUGCGGGGACCAUCACAGCAGCAGCUCCAGAACGCAGCACAUCAAGGCUUCCCCACAAAUAAGUGCACAGCCGCCACGUCUCCUCAACAGGCCCAGAGUGAACCAGCUGCUGGACAGUAGUGGACACACAUGGAGGGGCCAUACUGACCAGCUUCCUGCGGUGAUUAGGACACAGCAUGAGUCAGGCCCUGCCACCUCACGGGAGCACCGGCCAGGCACAGAACCCCGACACAUCUCCUGGGCAAGAGGGCUCCUCCAGCCACUCCCGCCCCGCCAGACAUCCACAGCCCCCAUCCAGGUGGACAUGACCCAUCGCCCGGUGCUCGAUCUGGCACAUCUUGUCAGAAGUGAGAAAAAAGUGUGACAACGGUUAUCAGAAACAUGACACUUCAGUUGUAUUAAGUUAAUAAAAAGCCUUAAAAUUA